AUGAAUGGAAGAAGCAUGUUUUGUCUGGUGAAAUCUCGGAGUUUAUCAGACAGCAGCAGGGCUAUGGGGAUGAGAAAUGAGGCAAAAAGCCACCACCACUCCAAACCCGUCUCCAAACUGUGCUUUAGCUUUAUCUUGCUCCUGCUCAUUUUCACACCCAGAGUGGAUUCGUCGUGGUGGUACAUUGGAGCGCUGGGUGCUCGGGUGAUAUGUGACAACAUUCCUGGCCUCGUGAACAAGCAGCGACAGCUCUGCCAGCAGCACCCGGACCUGAUGCAGUCCAUUAGCGAAGGAGCCAAAGAGUGGAUCAGAGAGUGCCAGCAUCAGUUCAGACACCAUCGCUGGAACUGCAGCACGCUGGACCGAGACCACACAGUGUUUGGCAGGGUGAUGCUGCGAAGCAGCCGAGAGGCAGCGUUUGUGUACGCCAUCUCUUCAGCUGGAGUGGUCUACGCCAUUACCAGAGCCUGCAGUCAGGGGGAGCUUAAGAUCUGCAACUGCGACAGUAACAAACGAGGGCAAACGAGCGACGACAAGGGCAACUUUGACUGGGGUGGAUGCAGCGACAACAUCAACUAUGGCAUAAAAUUUGCCAAAGCCUUCGUAGACGCUCGUGAGAGGAUGGUGAAAGAUGCUCGAGCGCUGAUGAACCUCCACAACAACCGCUGUGGUCGAAUGGCAGUGAAGCGCUUUAUGAAGCUGGAGUGCAAGUGUCACGGGGUCAGUGGCUCCUGUUCUCUGAGAACCUGUUGGCUGGCGAUGUCGGACUUUAGGAGGACUGGAGACUACCUACACAAGAAGUACAACACAGCCAUCGAGGUGACCAUGAACCAGGACGGGACAGGCUUUAUGGUGGCGGACAAGGAUUUCAAGGGAAGCACCAAGAACGAAUUAGUUUAUGUCGAGAACUCUCCAGAUUACUGUCUCAUGGACCGAGCAGCAGGCUACCUGGGCACAGCGGGCAGAGUGUGCAACAAGUCCUCAAGAGGCACAGACGGCUGUGAAGUCAUGUGCUGUGGACGAGGCUAUGACACCAUGCGAGUGAAGCGUGUCACCAAGUGUGAGUGCAAGUUCAAGUGGUGCUGCGCUGUGGAAUGCAAAGACUGUGAGGAUGUGGUGGACGUUCACACCUGCAAGCCCCACAAGCGACCUGAUUGGCAGGAUAUAACCUAAGCGAAGAGACCUGACCAAUCACAGGCACCACUGACUAAUUAACCUGAAAUCGCUAAAGACUACCUUAUAGUUGGGAUCGUGUAACUGUAAUACCUCUGGCUUCGACGCUUUGAUACUUCCUGAGGCAGAAACUUCACAAACCUUUGUUGAAUGAUGGUAAACUGGAAAAUAGGCCCAGUUACUGAUCAUGUGCUGCUUUAAGAACAAUUUCUUGAAACUUUGAUACAAAAAUGGCUAAAUAUUAUAUUCUGUUGUAAAUGCAUCCUUGGCUGAGGCAGAUAUAUGACAUAAUGCCUGCUUGUUUUACAGUAUGUAAAGACUGUGUAAGCAUAAGACAUGAGAAAUAUGAUCAUAAUAAUAGUAAUAUUUAGUCUGAAGUGAGAGCGAGAAAAGAAAAUAAUGAAGAAAUCUUUUGAAAUAUUGUACAACCACUGACAUCACAUCAUUUCAUAUGACUUCAAGUCAUUGUAUGGUACUGCAACAAAUCACUUAAAAUAGAACAUACAGUUGCUGCUAGUUAGUGUACCUAUCAAACUAACAAAAAGUCAGAGGGCACUUAUGAAAAGCUCUUUCUUAAUUACAAGCCACAUACUCACACUGUGAACCCGAAGGAACCACACACAAGGAAGCAAACAAGGACUUCCAGUUAAAGUGUAGCCUAGUUGCUGCAGAGUUGGAUUUUGGUAAAAUGUUGGUUGAAAAAAAAAAAAAAAAAGGACACACGGACAGAAAAAAAAUGAAGCUUUAUAUGAACUUUGGACUGUUGUUUGAAAAAAGUCUUGUACAGUAUGCUGCAUAUUUGACUGUAAUAAGUCUAACACAUUCUGGUUGUGUUGCGUCAUGGAAAACUUUCUUGUUUCUACCUCUG